GUUUCCGUUUGGAUCGCCAACGUUAGCAUAAAUUCGCCGCAAUGGCGGAUGGAGUAUCUGGUGCUGUCGAAGCUGCCUCCAACGUAAACACAACAGGGAACCCAACACAAAUCGCCAUGGCGUAUCUACAAGACGAGAAGACUGAUGGGGAGAUCACUACCCUCAACUUGGGAGAGCUGGACCUGACCACUGAUGAGUUCAUCUUGGAUGAAGUGGACGUUCAUAUUCAGGCCAACCUGGAAGAUGAUCUUGUGAAAGAAGCCCUUAAAACGGGCGUCGAUCUCCGUCAGUAUUCCAAGCAGGUGGAGGCAGAGCUUCAGAGGAUUGAACAGGCAUCUAUUAAAGACUACAUUAAGGAAAGUCAAAACAUCGCUUCUCUGCACAACCAGAUCACUGCAUGUGACUCCAUAUUGGAGCGUAUGGAAGGUAUGCUGAGUGGCUUUCAGAGCGACCUUUCCUCCAUCAGCAGCGAGAUCCAGACCCUGCAGCAGCAGUCGGUCAGCAUGAACGUCCGGCUGAAGAACAGGCAGGCUGUUCGCAGCCACCUCAGCCAGCUGGUGGACGAGCUGGUGGUGCCCGGAGUCAUGAUCUCCACCAUCCUGGAAAGUCCAGUGACGGAGCAGGAGUUUCUGGAGCAGCUUCACGAGCUCAACUCAAAGAUCAACUUUGCCAAAGAGCUGAGCUUCAGAGAGACGUUGGCCUGCUCCGACAUCCAGGACAUUGUCGAUCGCCUCAAACUCAAGGCGGUCACAAAGAUUAGAGAGUUCAUUCUUCAGAAAAUCUACUCCUUCAGGAAACCGAUGACCAACUAUCAGAUCCCACAGAACACUCUGCUGAAGUACAGAUUUUUCUACCAGUUCCUUUUGGCUAACGAAAGAACGGUGGCCAAGGAGAUCAGGGACGAGUAUGUGGACACUAUGAGCAAGAUUUACUACAGUUACUUCAAGUCCUACAGCAGUCGGCUUCUGAAAGUACAGUAUGAGGAGGUAGCAGACAAAGAUGACCUGAUGGGAGUGGAAGAUACCGCUAAGAAAGGUUUCUUCUCUAAACCGUCUUUAAAGAGCAGGAACACCAUCUUCACUUUGGGCCAGAGGGGCGCCAUACUGAGUCCCGCAGAGCUGGAGGGGCCCAUCCUGGUUCCACAUACGGCUCAGAGAGGGGACAGCAGGUAUCCAUAUGAGACGUUGUUCCGCAGCCAGCACUACGCCCUGCUGGACAAUGGCUGCAGAGAAUACCUUUUCCUGUGUGACUUCUUCAUGGUGACCGGAAACUCGGCCCUCGAUCUCUUCAACUGCAUCAUGGGGAAAACGCUCAGCAUGUUCCUGAAGAGCAUGUCCACCUACGUGUCAGACUGCUACGACAGCAUCGCUAUCUUUCUCUGCAUCCACAUCAUCCUCAGAUUCAGAGCCAUCACAGCCAAGAGGACCAUCCCGGCUCUUGAUAAGUACUGGGAGGCCGUGCUGGAGCUGCUUUGGCCGAGGUUUGAACUCCUUCUGGAGAUGAACAUCCAGAGCAUCAGAAACACGGACCCUCAGAAGCUGGGAGUGCUGGACACUCGACCACAUUACAUCACGCGGCGGUAUGCAGAGUUCUCCUCGGCCAUCGUGAGCAUCAACCAAACGUUUCCUAAUGAGAGGACCAACACUCUCCUGGGCCAGCUCCAGGUUGAUGUUGAGAACUUUGUGCUGAAGAUGGCCGCAGAGUUUCCCUCCAGGAGAGACCAACUGAUCUUCCUCAUCAACAACUAUGACAUGUUGCUCGGUGUCCUGAUGGAGAGGGCAGCAGAUGACAGUAAAGAGGUGGAAAGUUUUCAACAGUUGCUCCUUGCCAGAACGCAGGAGUUUAUCGAGGAGAUCCUCUCCCCUCCUUUUGGAGGAAUGAUUGCCUUUGUGAAGGAGGCCGAGGCGCUGAUGGAGAAAGGGCAGCUGGACCGACUAAAGAAUGAAGAAGCUCGGAUCACUCAGCUGGUCCGAGGGUUUUCCGGCACCUGGAAGCAGUCGGUGGAGUCGAUGAGUCAAGACGUCAUGAGGUCCUUCACUAACUUCAAAAACGGAACCAGCAUCAUUCAGGGCGCGCUGACCCAGCUCAUCCAGUACUACCACGGCUUCCACAAGAUCCUGAACCAGCCGACGUUCCGCAGCCUGGCCGUCCGCUCCGAGCUCAUCAACCUCCACCACCUCAUGGUCGAGGUGAAGAAGCACAAACCCAACUUUUAACGAGGCGCAGCGUUCUGCGUGGGAGGCGCCGCAGAGACGCCCGGAGCGCCGAUCCUUCAAAACUCACUUCAUCAUUCCUCUUUAAGACUCGCCGAAGUCUGAAAGCCCUCUUACGUCUGUUUCCCCCGUCUGGAACAAGUUGCAUCACAGAUUAGAGGGCAGGUGGUUUCAUCUCUACGUCUGACUGUUCCUCAUUGAACUUUAGGCAUAUAUUCCAGUUGAGAAACCACAAAACACACAUUAUGUACCUGUGAACUUUAAAAUGUUAAAAGAUUUUAUUUAUACAUGGCCAAAAUUGACUAUAUGUUUGUUUCAAUCUUCACAGUAAGAAACAAAAGUGAUAUGAACAUAAACUACCAACAUUCUGAUCUUUCAACCGUUGCUAAAUCUAUGCGUUAGAAAAUAUCUUCUAGAUUUAGACUAUAUAAUUAAACUCUAGUUUUUUUCCCCCCCUAUUUAUUGAAAUAUUU